CUUCAUAAACACAUCUAAGAGGCAGUGGAGGGACAUCACACUUUAUUCUCAUAUUUCAGAUAUUUUGCACCAAUGAGAAGACUUUUUUUCCCCACUUUCUAUACAGCCCAGGAAAGACUUUCUACUGAAGGUUUGCGUUCUCAGUGAAGUGUUACUUUAAGAGAUGACAGAUGAAUAACUUCCAACCCAUCUCCCAUUUUUCCUCUUCCGUUGGUCACAGAGCUGUUUCACAACUGACCAAAGAGUAAGGAUUCAAGCAAGACAGUAGGUGUCACGCCUGUGAGGGGUCACAGUAAUUACAUUAUUUUUUGUGGUCCAUCAUCAUGACAGUCAGGCUCAGCAGCUCCAUCACAUUGAUGUUUCUCGGAGUGCUUUUUUUCCUGGUCGGUCCGACCUGGUCGGGCUGUCGGGAUGCAGGUCUGUGUUGUUCUGGACGGGACCAAUCGUGUGUCAGUAAAGGAUGGCGUUCUGACCAUUCAUUUGGCACCUGCUACUGUGACCAGGCCUGCGUGUCCACCCUGGACUGUUGUCACGACUAUGAGACUGCGUGUCCAGCUGUGCCCUGUGUGGUGGAUGAGUGGACGCAGUGGUCCGGAUGUGCUGAGCCCUGCAGAGCCACAGUCCGGAGGAGGAGCAGGACGAUCCUGCAACAGCCACUCAACGCAGGAAGAGCCUGCCCUCAUCUGGAGGAGCAUGCUGGCUGCGUAGAGUACUGGUCUCAGGAUGGGCACUGUCAAAACUCACUUGUCCCAGCACUCAUUACCACCAGUGGCUACGGCAACGCUAGGAAAAAAAGAGACAUCCGUGACAGCAGCGACAUUACAGGGUAUUGUCUGCAGUUUCGGUUGACCUCUCUGACGAAAGGGUGCCAGCAGAGCCGUGGCCCACACACCCUCUGGAUGCAGUACCUGAGGGAGGGGCACCGAGUGUGUGUUGAGUGUCAGCCACCUGCUCUCACUGCUGGACAUAAACACUGUGCAGGAGAUGGAGAGGAAACCCACGAAGACAGACAACGCUCUCUCCAGUGGCAGGCAGUGGGAAACCCUCGGUGCAGGGGGGCGUGGAGACGUGUGGGGCCCCUGGAAGCCUGCUCCUGCCCAACAUCCCGCAGCUUCCUCUUCAUUUAACCUCUUUUCCCGUGAUAGUUGCCAUCCUGUGUAUGCUGACUUGCGUGUAUAAUGAGAGUGUUAUUCCUGUAUAACUCCAAACUAGAUAAUGAAUCACAAUAAUAAGAGAAUCAAUCACAUAAAAAUAACAGUAAAAUGAGAGUCAACAAUUCCUAAAUCAAAAUGUAAAGUGAUUUGAUUUAUUUCAUUUUGACUCAUUCAAGGGAAAUGUUGCUUUUUCAUAAGAAAUAAAAAUAUC